UGAUCCAUGCGACACAACCCAAGUACAGUAAAGAGUCACCUUAAUGGACUGCAUAUAAAGCAGGUCUCCCACUCGAACUCACGCAGAGAAGGUACUUCGCUCCCAUCUGGUGCAAGGCCCAGAGAUCCCUGAGAGCAGUUUCACAAUGGAAAUCACUGACGUUCUGUCUGUUGCUGACAUUUCCACCGCAUUAAAGGAAUGCCAAGCCAAUAACUCCUUCGACUGCAAAAAAUUCUUUAUGACCUGCGGUCUAUCUAAAAAAUCCGCUGAAGACAUCAGGAAAGUUUUCCGAGCUAUUGAUGAUGAUGACAGUGGGUUCAUCGAAGAAGAUGAAUUAAAGUACUUUCUGCAGAGAUUCUCUGCUGGAGCCAGAGUGUUGAAUGACAAUGAGACCAAGACAUUCAUGGAUGGAGGAGAUAAAGAUGGUGAUGGGAGACUUGGUACUGAUGAAUUUGUCGAUCUGGUACUCUCAUAGAGCAGCAGUAUCUCCACUUCCGUUUGAGUGCAAAGGUACAUUAAAAACAAGGCACAUGUUUGAAUGGCACAAGUGCAGCAUAAAUUACACAUUUCUGUUGUAAUGAAGAGAUGUUAGAAGCACUUCAGGCAUUCGGAUGUAACCUGGUGUUGUGUAAUUUGUGGUUUAACCAGCUCUGAAUGUGUAGUGUCUUUGGAAGACUGAAAACAAUAAAAAAAACUUUGCCUUGUA